AACUGGGUGUGUCGUCAGGCGUUAAUGAUAUGUGUAAGCACACACCCCAACAACUUGUCGAUUCAUAUCAAUGUCAAUGUGACCUUUUUAUGAUUUUAAUUUGUUGGUUUGUUGUUGUUGUUGUGUUCCAGGCCUAUCUUAAUCCGAUUGUAUUUAGUAUCCGGAUUAUAUGACUAGAAUGUACAAAUGGAUUAAUGGUAGGCCUGUAUGUUUGUUUACAAACACGAUUGCUUAUAUGGCUAAAUCAGCGACACUGAUCAAACAUGAUCCUAAUUCCAAUUGAAUCGUUUCCAUAAUAAUCUACAGAAAACAGGACAUGUUGGAUGCACGUGCUAAUAUUGUAUUAGCCAUGAUAAACGAUUGCAAAUUCUCUAGCGACCAGCUCAUCUAUCGAGGUGAAGGUAAUUCCAGCUUGGUUGUCGCAAUUCAGCCGACAUGUCAAGUGAUCAGAUUGCUCAAGUCUGAUGCUAAAAAACUGCGAAACGCCAACGACGUUUUGACUCAUCUUCUGCAACACAUAGACUUUAAUCGUAACGUAUUACCAGAUGUGAUUGGCGAACAUUUGUUUUCAUCGCCUCAGCUGGUUUACCUGGAUAGCCAACAAUUGGAUACAAUCAAAAGUUUUGUUCAAGACAAAAGGCCUUCAUUUCGAUUGGAGAAAACUUUAACCAAUUGUGGAUUUGCACUGCUCAUAGCCGAUUGUUGUACCAUUCCGCGGGCUAUCGAUGGCUACGAUUGGACCCAGCAUUCAGUCAUCGCUGUCGAAAUCAAGCCCAAACAGGGAUUUAUGCCGAAUGCAAGCCUUUUUCGAGGGAACGAUAUGCUUCGAUUAAAAUCACAAAUUUGUCGUUUUGGUCUCUCUCAAUUUUAUAAGUUGCAGAAAAAAUCAAUUCAGUCUAUCAGUUCAUACUGUCCAUUGGAUCUAUUCUCUGGUUGUCCAUCGCGAACAUUUCAUGCAUUGCUCUGCCUAAUGGAUAAUCCACAGAAUAACUUUCGCGUCUUCCUUAAUUCACACCUUCUUUUCGAUGACCAAUCUAACUUGGAUAAUCUUCGAUCAGUUUUAGUUAGGUUUUUUUCCGUUCGUCGUAAUGUGCUUGCUAAACACUUCAAAGUGAAUCCAAUGACUGUCGAUGUCGCCAACAAAGCAACCGAUCCGAUACAAUCGUUCGCUUCGUUGUUGGUACAGAUUCUCACUGAGCCUCUAUGCGAUGAUAGUAAGGAAAAUGAUUGUCAACCGAAAAUCUAUCGAAAAGGCAACAAAAACGAUUAUAAGCACAUGCCAAACGUGAUUCGUGAGCUUGAGAAUCUGGAUUGUCAACAACAUUAUGUUUUUUACAGGACAUUCAUCGAAUUCUUUGAAAAAAUAAUCACCAACACCAAUAUCAGCGAUAUGAGCAGCAACCAGACUGCCUUACAGUCCAUGAUAAACGAUAAUUGUGGACAACUUGAUAAUUUUAUGGUAAUCAAAAACAAAAAAUCCAAAUUAAUGGCCACCGAUUACCAUGGCUUAGCUCAAUGUCGACUACACGCUGCUAAACAACCUCUCAUUUGUGAUUCGAUUUCCGAAUGUCAAGAUAAAAACUUACAGCAUGGAUUGCCGGUUGGCUCAAUUCUUGAUUCAAUAUUACGUGCACAACAAUUAGACACGAUUGAUUCAUUUAUAGCCGUCGAAUUAAUGGACAAAUUGUUUCUCAAGUAUAAAGCGUUGAAACAUCACUUAUCUUUGCAAGGGAAUUGCCUUUAUCCGAUCGAUCCACAACGACCUGAAUGUCGUGAAAGUUUGGAAAAAUUUAUUUUACAAAACGCUCAGGAUUUGGACACGCUUUGGCGCUUCCUAAUAUCAUUGACAGCCAAGGACUGCUCCAUUAUGAUUGCCAUACAACACGACGAUGACCGCUAUAAAAAUAGAUUUGUUCAGUCAUCUAUAAGUACGAUCCAUGUGACCGACAAGACAAAUGGCCGGCCUUAUCUAUGCAGGCUAUCCAUCAUUGAUCUCGAUUAUAAACCAGCCUGCAAGAUCCAGCGUAUGCUGCAUAAUGACCGCCGCAUGAUUCUGGCUUUUCUUAGUUCUAUCUACAAGGGCAAAAAGUGCCAUUCAACCAGUCAAAACCAUGCUUCUGGUGAUGAAACCGGUGCCGGUGUAACAGCGGACAAUCUUCGAAUGGAAGAGCAAUUGGCCGAUUAUAUCGGACAAGAACUUUCCCAGUUAUUUGACCCAACUGUGAUCGGUAUUCAUUGCAAACAAUGAUACCUGAUUGUCUGCAUGCAAGCUUAUUAUAUUCAUGUGAAACAAUGUAAUUUAUUUAUUUGGAUUAAUUACAUUAAAAUUGCUAUAUUUACAACAACUA